GCCCCUACGUGUGACGUGCAAUCUCAAAACCGUUAUGAAUGUGGAUGGCUGGGAAUCGAUGAACAAACCUGCUUGAAGAGAGGCUGUUGCUGGGAUAACAGCGAUCCAAACGCAAAGUUCUGCUACGUUAAAGGAAACUCACGUAAGCUUUGAUUAGGUGACAGUGCAGCUAAGAGAGACCGAGAGGCCCUGUAAAAAAGUUUGGUAACAGCGUUUUAGCCUGCGAAAACAUCCAUUUCUCCAUAUUGAUGACGCAAAUCAAUGUUUACAUAAUGAAUCCGGUAGUCAUGGUUUUGUCCAAUUUUGCGUGUCUUCUGGUCGAUUUUGGUGAAGUGUUGUGUUCAUCUGCCAACGAGCUCCAGCAAGACUCAAAUACUUCUUCUAGAGAAGACUAUAUUCCACAAAUAUUGACUGUGUUGUUAGAGAUUCUUCGCGUUUACAUUUGACCUUUGUGGCCUUUUGUCUUUUGUCUGUCAUUCGUAAACAAUGGCUAAAACAAUGUCACUACUCCGUCGACCAAUCAGCGCUUCUGACCGGAUUCCGGACAGAUUUUACGUCACCAGUAUGGAAUUUCUGUCGCUGAGUCGCAGACGUUCCUCCUCGCGAAACGUCCCCAGAGGCGAAGAGCGAGGAGAAACGGAUGUUUUCGCAGGCUACGGCGUUUUUGCGACUCAAAAGCCUCCAUACUCGCAAGUUUUCGAAACACGUCACAAACUUACGCGCUUAAAUAAGGGAAAUAUUUCACGUGCGUUUUGUCCAAAUCCAUAUAACUUCCCUUGCCUGAUUGGACGACUUUUUUUUAUCAACUGUUUUAAUACAUGAGCUUUUUUUUUUCCAAAUAUUUUCCAGUUAAAGGUUUUUUUUCAUUUUGAAACAAUUAAAGAUAAAUUUGCAUAAAUGGAAACCCACCUUUGUUACAGUACCAUACAAUAGAUAAUGCAACGUGAUACAAUAAGCUUUAAAUACAAAUAAUAUAUUGAUUUUUUUUCAAAACUAAAUUUUUCUGAGCCUGCAAUCACUUGAAUACCUUGAUUUGUCUGCGGAAAACUAUAAAAAACAUGUCUCCUCACAGUUGUGCACCUGAGCUCGCCAUAAAGUCAUGUGACACUGGUGAGCGGGUAUUCUAUGACAGUUAACAGCUGUUAAUUGAUCAUAACAUUGAUGUAGGGUAAGACACAGAACCAAAAUUUCUUAGAUGCGUGGAUAACCGAAUUUUCUUACCAACGGUGCUCCGUUGCGCUAGAGCUCCACUAUAAAUACUAACUAUUAUUUUGUUAAGAAUCAUCACUGGUUAAUUAAAGUUAUACGAAUGUUAAAAUCUGAACAGAUCUUCCUGAUGGACAUUGUCCCGUGGCUCCAUCUGAACGUGUGGAAUGUGGAUAUUAUUUGAUAACAAAGGAGGAAUGUCUUAACAGAGCAUGCUGCUGGGAUGAAACAGUUACAAUGCCCGGUGCUAGGUGGUGCUUCAAACAGCCGAGUAAGUUGAGUUCGUAAAGUAAAAGUCCACGGUACACGUUUAAUCAUGCUGUACAAAGUCAUACAUUCGGGGCUUAACUCGGUGGUGAAACGGCCAAAACAAAUACGUGCAACUUGUUUUGCAACAUUGCUGAAAACGAGUUGAAAACCGUUGUUGCUUGUUUUACCACCCGCGUUCAAACCUGCCUUGCAACAAAUCAGGUUCUUGAUGGUUGCAAACAUUUGUUGCAGAAAGUAGAGGGGUUCUACUCUUUGAAAAAACAUCUGUACAUGUUGCGCGAUUUAACGGCUCAACGGCUCGUCCCCACGGUUCACGGAAUUUUUUUUUUUUGUAACAGGAGUUUAGGCGUAGCAACCAACCAAAUUACGACAAGCAAUGAACACCUUACGAGUUUCAGUCUGCCAAUCAAAAAUAUCAUCUUUUCCAAAUGAGGACAUAACCCACGCAAUCUACAAAUAGAACAUGAUGUGAUAUUUUUCUUACUUAUGACAUCUCGGUCUUAAAUUAUUGACGACCCCAAUAACAUUUUUUAGACAUAAAAAUACAAGUAAUAGAGAGGAGAAGGGUGACGUCAGGUUACCAUUGUAGCAAAAUUUCUGGAUUACAACAAUCUUUCUUGACAGAGACGGCCAUUUGCAUUGUCGAACAAUGGAAGAAAAGUAUGGGCUGCCGUUUUGUUCCUGAGUGUGAUCAUGCACAGGAAAGUCAGACAUGUCAACCUUUUCGCUAUUUUCUGUCAUAUCUGCAGGACCACGGUUUGUUGAGACCCAGAAACCAUGGCAACCAAGGCAACGUGAUCCAACGACUUCUCCUCUCUAUGCUAUUUAUACAGUCUAGAAGCAGACUCGUACCCAGUCGCUAUUUAAGUGUUUUGGGGGGUGAGAGAAGAUUGGGGAUUAGGUUGAGGCGCGCGCAGGGUCUCAUGGGCUAUUUUUCCUUCUUCCCUUCCCAUGAGACCCUGCGCGCGCCUCAACCUAAUCCCCAAUCUUCUCUCACCCCAAAAAACACUUAAAUAGCGACUGGAUACGAGUCUGGUCUAACUGGCAGUGUUAGGUUAAUAGUCUGAUCAUCGUGUGUUGCUAUUAAUUUCUAGUUGAUAAUCCACCUCUUGGUUGCUACAUAUACCACGGUAUCGGAGGUACCUGCAAGUACGUAUGUGAUCAAAAUGAAAGGAAAAUGUACGGAAUGUCCCAGUGUAAAGGCCGUAUCUGUUGUUAUUAA